UUUUUUUGUGGAUAUUCCAAGCCUGCUUUCGUAAGCCUCUGACACUGUUACUCAUUGCUUAAUCUGGACCACUUCUUUAGCUUUCUCCUUCUAUAAAACCCAUUCAUUUCUCAUGCAGUGCUCCCUUACCAGAUCAAUGCAAUCUGUAAAACAAGACUUCAUGUUAUCCCCUUCCAUGUACUCCACCAUGAUUCCACCCGAGGCCACACGAAUGAACUACUUUGUUCCUGAAAAUCCUUUGUCUAUUCCUGAUAAUUUCGACUUCAUGGCAAGCAAUUUACCAGCAUUUGAAUUAGACAGAUUCUUGACCAACCUACCAAAUUAUCAGACAUCUCCUGCAGUUCAGGAGUUCACUCCGAAUUCCUCAUGCAUCAGCAACAACUCGACCUCUGAUGAAGCAGACGAACCUCAGUUCUACAUCAUCGAUGAAAGAAAGCAAAGGAGAAUGAUAUCCAACAGGGAAUCCGCUAGAAGGUCAAGGAUGCGAAAACAGAGGCACCUUGAUGAGCUUUGUGCGCAGGUUCUUCGUCUUAGAACUGAGAAACACAAUCUCAUAGACAAGUUGAACCACAUGUCAGAGAGCCAUGACAGGAUUCUUCAAGAGAAUGAAAGGCUCAAGGAAGAAACUUCUGAUCUUCGUGAAAUGGUGAUAGAUCUCCAACUUGGUACUUCCUAUUCUGCUUUAAGAGAACUCGAAGACAUUCCAUCUCACAACUGAAUCUUCAAAUUAGUAUGUCACUACUUCCACAAGCCUUCUUCACUGAGCAUGAGCUCUUUUACUGACUCUGUGUGUGUGUGAGGAAGAGUGAGAGAGAGGGAGAAUUUUAUCCACUUAAAUUCCUUUGUAACAGUACAGUUCAAUGGAUGCUAAUCAAUGUUUUCCCUAAGUAUAACUGCAUCAUUAUCAGAAGCAACAUAUGAUAUAUCAAUAAAAUAUGUAUCAGCCAAGACCAUGGUGCACAUCAAUGAGAAAAGUCCAGCUCAUCCUGCUACAUAUUCAUCGAACUGUUAGUGGAGAAAAAUCAGUGGAAUAAUAUUCUCUGUGGUCAAUAAUUUAUAAAUAUUAGAAUCUAUCAUUA